AGCUCAGCUGAGUGCUGCUGCAGCCUGAAGGGGCUGAACAAGGCGAUAGGAAUUGCAGGGGAUUUUUCCUAAGCCUUGUGGAAAGGGAAAACUCUUACUAAACAAACAGGAGCAUGAGGUGGGGAGUGACCCCACAUUGCUUUCAGGUCUUAAGGAACUCUGAAACCACUGCACGCUGAACAAACACAUCUGUUUAGCAAACUAAGCAGAAAUUUUUAACAGAAGAAAAGUGGCAUUUAAACGUGACAAGAAGUCCAGGUGAAUGCUUUGCAUACUGACACAAGGCCCUAGAACUGAUGCAGGAUGCAGCUGUGCAGCACUGCAGGAUGUGGGCAUGCAGCAGCUGAUUACACGGAGCAGCAGUGGUGCCUCACCUCAACCCUGCACCCAGCCCUGCAUGGGCAGAACUCCUCCUGCAAGGUGCCCCAGGAGUCAGCACUUCUGCUGCUCUUUCCUCUUUAUCAAAGGAUUCCAUUACCCUCUGUAACUAGAGGUUAGAGACAUAAGCCCAUACCACAAGUACUCAGCAUUAUAAUUCAGUUUGGACCCAGAUCUUAUCUCUGUUGUCUGGGCUUUGUUCUGGGCUUUAGGUCAAACACAGACCCCAGGCAGGAUACAGGCAGGAUGCAUUAUAGACAGCCCCAAGAGAAAGCCUGGGUUGUAAGUGGCACUGGCUAAAAAAACAAAAUGGAAAAUGCCUCCAUGGUUCGAUACUUGAUUUCAUCCUCAGUAAUCUGUGAAGGAAAAUCCCUUGUGCAAAAGGAAUGCAUUUCUGCAUAUUAGCUACCUCAUCGUAAUUAAAUAAAUAUGUAAACUCAGGAUUAAUUACUCAUUCUGUCUCUAUAGUCAUCACUUGCACCAUACUAGCAAAUAUUUGUAAGAAGAGAAAGCAUGUUCCUAUGCAUAGAGAACUCAGUGACGUACCCCAGCUGGAGGGCUGUGAGCAGAUCCCAGGUGACAAAUGAUGGCUGUUCUCCUGCUGCAGCUCCGGGACACGUACUCCAAGAGUGGCACUGCUUGUCUGACUGGAGAGGAGCUGGGAGACCUCAUCCAGAACUUAGACGUGAUGGAAAGCAAAGACAGAGUGGCUGACCCCUGCUGGCAAGUGAAGUGGCACCUGGGAAAGUUAAUUAAAAAGAUGAUGUCAAGAAUCCUUCAGGAAAACAUGUCUGCAAUCAAUGGUGACAGGAGCCAGGCACUGCCACGCAGGGAUGAGCCGCCGCAAGGCCCCACGCUCAGGAUAGCAGCACAUCUGACGGGCAGCAGCAAGAGGAGCUCCACGUCCCCACACAUAGAUUACUUGUCCCACAGAGGCAUCGGACAGAAAAUCCACAGCUGGGAGUCGUCGAGGAGAGGCCACUCCUUCCUCUACAACGUGGAGCUGUGGAACGGUGAGCUGGUGGUGCCCCAGACAGGCUUCUAUUACAUCUACUCACAGACUUAUUUUCGCUUCCGCGAAAAUGAGAACGAGGACUCGGAUUUGUUGGAACGAAUAAGGAAUCCCAAGCAGCUCGUCCAGUACAUUUACAAACUGACGAAUUACCCAGAUCCCAUUCUGCUCAUGAAAAGCGCAAGAACAAGCUGCUGGUCCAAAAAGGCUGAGUAUGGACUUUACUCCAUCUACCAGGGCGGGGUGUUCCAGCUGAAAAAGGAGGACAGGAUUUUUGUCUCGGUUAGUAACAGUGAUAUAGUUGACAUGGACAAGGAGGCAAGCUUUUUUGGAGCCUUUAUGAUUGGUUAAAAGACAAAAACUGUGCUCUGGAGGAAGCAAAGCCAGGACCAACCCAAAAUUCUGUAGAACAGGAUACGAAGCACACACUAUAACAACAGCAGCAAAACCAGGCUCCCUGUGUUCCACUCACUCCCUCACUGCCAUGGCCAGGAAGGAGCCUGGCAGCAGCAGGUUGGCAGUGCUUUGUGUGGCAGGAGCUGGGCACAUUCCGGAUGGCCCAGUGCCAUGCUGUGUCCUGCAGGAACCACGGAGCUGCUGUGGGUGCUGAUGGGGCUGGAGGAAAGUUCCACCUGUCAUCUGUAUCUCUCGUGCUAGGAGCCUUCCUAGUCCCCAGAGGAAUUAUUCUGGAAGUUUUUGUUGAAACCAGAGUUUCCCAAAAGGGAAAAGCCAUCGGUAGCUCACACUGCAUGUCUUCAUCUCAUUUCCCAAAGCAUUUAAGCACCUAAUUAAUUUUAAGCACACACAGUCUGACUAAACCUGGGGUAUUUACAUGCUUGAAAUUAAAUAUGUGCUUAAGCAUUUUCCAGGAUCAUGGCUUGAGUAAGCACACCGCUCUGUCUCAAUUAGUAUAUCACAGGUAAAAACAGCUGCUGAAAGGGCACAGGAGAGGUUUUGAAAUCAAUCAGUAUUUUGGGAUCAGCACAUUACAACGCCUAUUUACCCUAAUUGCUGUACUGCAAAGAUUUCACCAUGCCUCCAACAGCCUCAGUAAUGCAGUUACACUUGUUGACAGCAAGUACUUGAUUUAAAAAAAAAAAAAAGUGUUUUUCUCUAAAUGCUGAAUUCUAUUCGAUAUUUGCCACAAAUUGAGCAUGACACAGUUAUUCUAUGUUUGCUUGCACUGGCCUGGAUUAUGUAAAGGUGCAAGGCAGAAUGACAGCCUGAUGACUAACGUUUUAGGCAAAACAUACGCAACUAUCCAUGCUUAACCAGCUGCAGUGCAGAUAAUGCUGUUUUGAUGCUUAUUUUGUUUGUAGGAAUGGUUGAAAAGCUUUCAUAACUUCUUUGAAAUUUGAACUGACCACUAAUUGUAUGAGGGGGACUGCAGUUGAAUGUGAGUCUAAGGUGGAUGGGCAUAAAUGAGCACAUCUGCAGCAGUGUCAUUGUGAAUACACUAAUGUGCACCAUGGAUGCAUUUUGCCCAGGUUCAGAGAAACCAAUGGGAAAAAGAAAAGAGGAAAGUAGGAGAAAGAAAAAAAAAAAAAGGAGGAAAAAGGUAGAUGCUUUGCAAGUGCUACUUUCAGUCAACACUCCUGGCAAUAUUGCCAGGAGAAAACCUGUUUGUUUUUUAAAUAUAUUAAGGUUGCCGUGGAAACCUUCCCAUUCACCUUCCAUUGUGGUAAUUAAAUCACUGUGCACAGAGAGACAGGCAUCGUUCAUCUCUGCUUUGUCAACAAGAGGCACUGAAAGGGCACAAGGGCCAGUGCUCACCUGAGCUCCUGCGGUUGGUGGCUUCAAUAGCAGAGACCUUCACGAUAGCAGAGACCUUCAGCAGAGCCCUCCUUUUGUUUUUAGGACAAAGAAACACAGGUGUGAGCCUGAAACGACAAGUCAAACUUCAGCCUGCUGUUUCAACACAGCAUCGUAUAUAACGAUUUCAGUGGUAAUCAAAUAUGUGAAAUUCUCCAUCAUUUAUUAGAGUACAUGGUUUGGACCCAACUCAAGUCUGUUGUGACAUAGAACAGACAACAUAUCUGGAGUUGUCUUCCCGAUUUCAGGACUUAAUUCAGAAAUUGUUUUGCCUGGCAGAGAAGGAUGGGGGGAACAGAGCUGUUCCCAACACAACGGGAUGCUGCUGCAUUGGAAAACUGACACCUGACUUCUGUGGCUGCUUAUCUUUUCACUUGGGCAUGUAUUUUUUGUGUGUGUGGUUUUUGUCUUUUUUUUCCCCAACAACUUAUGUUAAAAAUGUUUUUUUAAAGUUAUUUGAAAGAGAUUUAUUUGAACUGUGAAAAAGCAUUUCCAGUGCUUUCUUAAGAGUCAGAAGCCCUCCGUGUGGGUAAGAAUCGAUCUGUGUAACGUAGCAGCUGUGGGCUGACAGAAGGGAUCCGUGGGGGAUCACACACUUGCAGCUGACACGAAGACAAACUAUGACACUUUUUGCUUUAUUCAACGUUCUCUCUCUGGCUCCCAAUGUAUAUUAUGAUUGGGAAUUCUUUGCUUAGGAACUCACCUGGGCAUUAUCUUUUUAAAUCUAAAUGUACCUGUUCUUAGGCCCUGCAUGCAGAGCAGAGGAUCAUACCAAAUAAUCACAUUUUAUUUCUGAAUAAUCCAAAGGCAUGCUUGCCAGAUAUUAUCCUGGAGAGAGACUCAAGCUGUGUCUGACAGGACACGUUUGAAGAUUAAUGGAAAAAUGCAUCAACUUCUGAUUGUACUUUUGCACCGAGUCACACUUCUCAUCUCACUUUAUGAUGAAUGGUGAAUGUAGCAAAUUUUUGUACUUGGGUGUGGGUUGCGGUAAACAUAUAAGGAUUGUAAUUUUUCUAUGUCUGUUUUAUAUAAAACGUUUUUAGUAAAUA